AUGGACACCUUUAACACUAUCCUCAUUACAUCCUCUUCUAUGGAGCGAAAUGCUCGCGUCGGCUCUCAACUUCUACGAACGCAGUCGAGUGAUCGCUCGUCGAGUGUCUGCAAUACUUCGCGGUCUGCCCACGAAAUUCCUGCCGAGCCGUCCGCUACCGAUAUUCCUGUCAAUAAUGAGACUGGUGGAAGCGGCUCCACGUAUUGCGUUAUUGCUUGA